GAGACGCAGAGGCGUGAAAAGGAGGAAGGUCUCCCAUAAUCUCACGGUUGUCCUCUUUCCCAUUUGAUAUUGUUUGAUCGAUAUCAAACCCUAAUUUGGAGUUUCGCGGUUGAACUGGAACAAGAAGAACAAUAGGGGCUGAUCGUCUAUCUUUUUUCUCGAUCUUCAAACGUUUAAUUGCUUUAUUCAUUUCGAAUCACAGAGCAAUUACGGCAGCCAUUGAAGAACUGCAGAGAAAGGCGAUGAUAUGAUUACUCUGCUUCGCAUCGAUGUUCAUAUUCACUUCACUUCAAUUCUCGAUGAGGAAGGCUCUUCAACGAACGAUUCUCGCUCUCAUCUGUACGGUUACCCUCGUCUCUGCAAUCAAGAAUGACACCUGUGGAACCGGGAAAUCUGCUAAACGAGUCCAUUAUCCAUUUGGGUUCUCAUCCGAUAGCCCAAUCAAACUGAACUGCAGCAAAGAAGGGGAGAUCGAAAUACAAAAAUUUAAAGUCCAGAAUGUAACCACAGACAGCAUCAUCAUCAAUCUACCAGCGCAGUGCCACCGUGAGAUCCAAAAGAUCGAGCCACUAUUCGGUAAAAACUACGCGCUGAGUUCGAAGAACAGUCUUCUCUUUCAGAAUUGUAGCCCGUCGUCUUCCGGGUACGUGAUACCCACGAGUGUGUUCAACGGCCAGAACAACUUGAACAAUUGCAAUGGCAAAAGCGACAACAUAAGCUGCUUUCCGCUAGAUUCUGAGUCCAAGUUUAUGAGUUUUGAGAACGUGACUGGGACUCGGUGCAAGUUUUUGUUACUUUCCAUGGCGGUUGACUGGAGGAACAACUCCGCAGUUUCGCUGGAGUUGGGGACGGCUCAGUUGGUGUGGUGGCUGGACCAUCCGUGCCAUUGCGCUCCGAAUGCGAAACAUACCAAUUUAACUGUUCCCGGGGGUUUCGGUUGCCGUUGCAGCUGCAAGGAAGGAUUCGACGGAGAUGGAUUUAAAGAUGGCGAUGGUUGCCAGGAAGUUACAGAUUGCAAUGCGUCAAAGCACAUGUCGGGCACAUGUGGAGGAACUACAAGGGUUGCUGUUCUUGUUGGAGGUAUCAUUGUUGGAGCUUCUUUAAUGAGCACUGUGGCUCUUAUCUGCUACUGUAUUCGACGACGUUCUUAUUUGAGGAGGCGUAUGAGUGCAAAACGCCUUAUAUGUGAAGCUGCAGGCAACUCCAGUGUUCCUCUCUAUCCCUACAAAGAAGUUGAAAGGGCCACCAAUGGCUUCUCAGAGAAACAAAGACUUGGAACUGGGGCAUAUGGUACAGUUUUUGCAGGAAAGCUCCACAAUGAUGAAUGGGUUGCCAUUAAAAAGAUCAGAAAUCGUGAUAAUGACAGCAUUGAGCAAGUCAUGAAUGAAAUCAAGCUGAUCUCUUCUGUGAAUCAUCCAAAUCUAGUGCGCCUAUUAGGUUGCUGUAUAGAGAAUGGUGAACAGAUCCUUGUCUAUGAAUUCAUGGCCAAUGGAACUCUAUCUCAGCACCUACAGAAAGAGAGGGGCAAAGGUCUUCCAUGGACAACAAGGCUCAACAUUGCCACCGAAACAGCUCAUGCUAUUGCCCAUCUCCACUCAGCCAUUACUCCUCCAAUUUUCCACAGAGACAUAAAGUCCAGUAAUAUACUUCUGGAUGACAACUUCAACUCAAAGGUAGCAGAUUUUGGUCUUUCUAGACUUGGCAUGACUGAAUCAUCCCAUAUCUCAACAGCCCCACAAGGGACUCCUGGCUACCUUGAUCCACAGUAUCAUCAGAACUUCCAUCUCUCAGAUAAAAGUGAUGUUUACAGUUUUGGAGUGGUUCUUGUAGAGAUCAUAAGUGCAAUGAAAGUGGUCGAUUUUUCUCGACCUCACAGUGAGGUGAAUUUGGCUGCACUUGCUAUUGACAGGAUCGGAAGGGGUUGUGUGGAUGAAAUAAUUGAUCCAUUCCUUGAGCCACAGAGGGAUGCUUGGACACUUUGCUCUAUUCACAAGGUGGCCGAGCUAGCAUUUAGAUGCCUUGCUUUUCAUAGGGACAUGAGGCCUUCCAUGAUGGAGGUAGCAGAUGAGCUAGAGCAUGUCAGGCUCAGUGGAUGGGCUCCAAUGGAGGAGAAUAUAUGUGUGGCAUCAUCAGUGGCAUCUUCUUGUUCAUCGCCAUUUAAUGGAAGUGAGAUGUCGCUAGGUUGUAUGUCUGUUAGGAAGGCAGGGAUAGGGAGUAGGAGAUUGUUUGUUCCACAUAGGCCAACCGAUUGUCUGGCUUCAAUGGAAGAGAUAAAGGACAGCUCCCCUGUUUCUGUGCAUGAUCCUUGGUUGAGUGAACAGAGCUCACCUUCAACAAACAGCUUGUUGGGUAAUGUAGUUCAAUGACACCAUAUCCGUUCUUUUGGUGCUUAGUUUUAUAUCAUCUUGUGAAUACCAUGGAGGUAUCUAUAGCGCUCACUCCUUGUCAAUCUCAUCGAGGUAUUACCUUGUAUGCAUACUAUUAUCUCUUUUGAAUUCUUUCUGAAACACUCUGAAGAUGUCAGAAGUCUUUAACAUUAGAGGAUAUCUCAAAGCAAAGGAAAGUGCAGAACAAAUUGUGCAUGUAUAAAGUAGAAUACAAACAAGUAGGAUGCUAUGUGCCUUUUCUUCGUUCAUGUAAGGUUUGAACCGAAGUAUGAUGCACAAUUUUGAUUUAGACAUUGCACCUUUUCUUCGUUCAUGUGAGAUUAUGAUGCAUAAUUUUGAGUUAGUCACAUCAAAAACCCAGAACAUUCCGUCUAGUGAUUAUGCAAGUGGAUUAUUUUGUGCGAGUUUAGUCGAGUUAUACCUUGAUGAUGACCUGCUUACAUGUAGUCUGGAAAACCUGAACUUUCUUAUGGUUGGAAUAGAAUCUUCUCUUGGUGCGAGGUUGCUCCAGACUGAACCAACCUUCUCAAGUUGAUCCUGUAACUGCUCAGCCUGCCCCACUACUCUCAAUGAAAUUCAAAGUUUCAAACCAAGGAGUCAGUUCAACAAACUGCAGGUAAAAUGGUACACUGGGGAGAUCAUAUUGUCCCAAACUUGAGCCAAUAAAUAUCGGACAGAACAAAAAAGAACCUCCUAUAUGUAAUAUUACAAUUGUCUUGAACUUUCAUAUUAAAUUUCUUUCUGAAUGCUAAUAUCAAUUUAAUUUGCA